UGUGUCAGCUCGGAAUGCCCUGUUUGCAAGAAAUUCUUCUCGAAAGUGUUUAUGCAUGCCAAGUUGGGAACUAGCGGUGUGUACAGUGUAAGGCUGCAGAAUCGCCCCAUGCAUCCUCUUACUACUGCACUUGUAUAUACACAUUAUGUACUGAUUGAUCCUGUGUGUGUGUGUGGUGUAGGUCCGGACAUCUGUGGGCCAGGAACAAAGAAGGUCCACGUCAUCUUGAGCUACAAGGGAGAGAAUAAACUCACCAAGAAAGACAUCCGAUGCAAGGAUGACGAGUUCACCCAUCUCUACACCCUCAUCCUCAGACCAGACAACACCUACGAGGUCAAGAUAGACAACAAGAGAGCGGAGGGAGGUGCCAUCGAGGACGACUGGGAUAUUCUGCUGCCCAAGGACAUCCUGGACCCCGAGGCCACGAAACCAGAGGAUUGGGACGACAGAGCAAAGAUUCCUGAUCCAGAGGACACCAAGCCUGAGGAAUGGGACAAGCCAGAGUACAUCCCAGACCCCGAGGCCAAGAUGCCGGAGGACUGGGAUGACGAGAUGGACGGAGAGUGGGAGCCACCCAUGAUCCCGAACCCCGACUACAAGGGCGAAUGGACGGCCAAGUUGAUAGACAAUCCGGACUACCAAGGAGAGUGGGUCCAUCCUCACAUCCCCAACCCCGAUUAUGAACAGGACGAGUUCCUCUACCGCUACGAGGACUUUGGUGUCAUUGGAUUUGACUUGUGGCAGGUGAAGUCUGGCACCAUAUUUGACAACGUCCUCAUCCUGUGCAUGUAGAGGGUUGUGUGCAUCGUGCCUCUGCCUGCCCCUGUGUGUAGGUGAAGUCUGGCACCAUAUUUGACAACGUCCUCAUCUGUGACGACGAGGAGUAUGCAGAGAAGUUUGGUGAGGAGACGUGGGGGGCCACCAAGGGCCCGGAGAAGGAGAUGAAAGAUGCUCAAGAUGAAGAGGAGCGAAAGAAGCGCGAAGCCGAGGCUGCAGCCAAAGCUGAGGAAGAAGUGGAGGAGGAGGAGGAAGAGGAAGAAGAUGACGACGACUGGGGAGACGAUUUUCCCCCAGAGGACGGUGAGGAGAUAUUCUCGAUGGAAGACCUUGAGGCACAGCUAGGGGACGAGGUGGGAGGAGAGGGUGAGGAGGAGGAGGCGGGGGAGGUAGAGGAAGAAGAGGCAGCCGGAAAAGACGAGCUCUAACACUGCUAGACCAUAGGGCUUGUAGGAAUCAUUGUACAGAGAUUAUUAUGUAAUGUGUGUACAUAGAGAAUGCUGCUCUCACUAUUAAAAUCACGACAUUUUGUACAGAAAAUAACUUGAACACAAGCUGUUAUAAUGCGUGCAUAAUAUUUGUGUAAAGUUGCUUCGUGUGUAAAGUUUUGGGUUGUCACUGUCUGGGUAUUCCACGACUGUUAGCACGACUGUUGACGCUAGCACUUCGGCUGUUUGCUGCUCUACCACGGCUGUUAACGCCAGCUGGUGCAGCACUUCGGCUGUUCACACCAACCUGUGCGGC